AUGGGAGAUGGAGAUGAUGGUGGUGGUGGUGGUGGUGGUGAUGGCGGUGGUGUGAUGGGGAGGAUGGGUAUUGGGAGAUGGGUAUUGGGAGAUGGAUGUGGAUGUGGAUGUGAAGUAGACGGUGGUGUUGUGAAUGGGAAGAUGGGGAGGAUGGGAGAUGCGGGAUGUCGGUGGUGGUGUUGUGAUGGGGAUUGUGAUGGGGAGGAUGGGGGGGAGAGGAGAGGAGAGGCGAGGAGAGGAGGGGAGAGGAGGGGAGGUGAUAAAGGGACUGGCUUGGCCGAGGGCGAGGACGAGGACGAGGACGAGGACGAGGACGAGGAUGAGACCGAGAGCUUGGCAAUGUAUAUAUAG